GGGUUUUACCCCUCUUUACCGGAGUAGUAUAAAUAAAACUAUAUGCUACACUCUCCUGACUCCGACCAAAGCAAAAUAAUAGAAACUCAAAAACAUAGAGAGAGAGAGAGAUAACAAAACAGAAACUCUCUUCUUCGUUCCAAAGGUUUUAAACGGAAGAUGGACGUUUUUGAUGGACUUCCAGAUGCGAUCGUUGUCGAUAUCUUGAACAAAGUCGUUGACGUCAAAACCUUACAUCGUUGCAGUUCUGUCUGCAAGCGAUUCAACUCGCUUGUACCUCAGUCCGAGUCACUCUUCUUCCGACUCGACCAGGACGUUACCACCGAGUCACGGCCCGAUUCUCCCGUCAGCAACAUUUUCCAAUCAUUAGUCAAGUCCUUCCAAGGCUUCCUCUCUUUAUUCUCUAAACCGGCUAAACCGAUCCGGUUCACGAAUCUUUCACCUAAUAUUCCUUCCAAGAUUCUAUCUCGGUUUGACCGGAUCAAGAAUCUUGAGGUCGAGCUUCCCGGCGGCGAUGUAAGCCUUGAGAAAGGCGCCGCCGUUAAGUGGAAAGCAGAGUUUGGUAAAACUCUUAAAACAUGCGUCGUCGUCGCGUUUCGCUCCGCCUCCACCGUGUCCUCUUCCCCUCCGGACGGUGAGUCAGACGCCAUUGGGCUGGAAACGCGCGUGGUGUGGACGAUAAGCUCUUUGAUGGCCGCGUCGACUCGUCAUUUUUUGAUGAGCGAAGUCGUGAAGGAGCACAAAGAAAUGGAGAGUUUGGUGAUGCAUGACGUAGGAGGAGAAGGCACGGUGGUGAUGGGAACAGAGGGUCUGAGAGAGUUUCGAAAGACGGAGGAGGCGCGUGGUGGAGAAGCAGACGAACGCGUGGUGAAAAACCGGAGGAGUGUUGUCCCGAAAGUGAGGAUGAGCAUGAGGCACGCGCCGUCGCUUAAGCUCAAAAGCGGCAUCUAUUUAGAAUCUGCGACGCUCGUGAUCGUAAGGCCGAGCGAAGGAUAUUCCGAUGUCGGAGAUGAUUAGUUGGCGACGGAGGCUUUCGCCGGGAACUGUAUGUACGGUGAAGCGGUGGUCGCUUUGUUAAAACGUGAGAAGAUUAAUUUAGAAAUUAAUUCAUUUUAAGCUUUUAUUGGGCCUUGUAAUGGGCCUUUAGGGCUUUCUAGUAGGAAAUGUCAUUUUCUUCACGUGUGUCGUGUGUCGUGUGGCUCGUGUGCGCAUUUACAUAUAUUAUAAAGCUGGCUUCAACC